AUGCUGCGACAGACGACCAAUCGCGACAUGCAGGUCGAGCUCUUCGGCGAGCGGUACGAUACGCCUUUGCUCUUCUCCCCCGUCGGCGUGCAGAGCAUCUUUCACGAUGACAAAGAGACGGGCGUUGCGCAGGUCGCGGCCGAGAUCGGGGUGCCGUAUAUCCUCAGCACCGCCGCCUCGUCCACCAUUGAGGAUGUGGCCAAGGCGAACGGGCCCGCGGGGAAGAGGUGGUUCCAGCUGUACUGGCCGCACGAUGAUGAGAUUACCGCAUCUUUGCUCCAUCGUGCAAAGAGCAACGGAUUCAGCGCGCUUGUGGUAACGCUGGAUACAUGGGCAAUGGCAUGGCGACCGUGGGAUUUGGAUCAGGCGUACGUGCCGUUCGUCAAGGGCAUUGGGUGCGAAGUCGCAUUUUCGGAUCCGGUAUUCAGGCGGAAGUUCAAGGAGAAUUACGGAAAAGAGGUUGAGGAAGACCUCAUAGCUGCGGGGCGGGAGUGGGUGAAGAUCUGCUUCUCGGGUGUGGCGCAUACCUGGGAUCAAAUCGAGCUUCUGAAGAAGAAUUGGGACGGUCCGAUUAUUCUGAAGGGCAUCCAGCACCCCGAUGAUGCCGUCAAAGCUGUUGAAGCGGGAGUACAGGGCAUCAUCGUCUCGAAUCACGGUGGCCGCCAGCUCGACGGCGCCAUUGGCUCGUUGACCAUGCUCCCAGAGAUUGUCGAGGCAGUCGGUGACAAGUUGACGGUCCUGUUCGACAGCGGUGUGCGGACGGGGGUCGAUGUCAUCAAAGCACUAUCGCUCGGGGCAAAGGCUGUGUGUAUCGGCAGACCGUGGGUUUACGGGCUUGGAAUUUCCGGUAGAGCCGGGGCGCGCGAUGUGAUGAAGGGCAUCCUUGCUGAUCUAGACCAGAGCAUGGGCCUGGCUGGCAUCCAGAAUAUCGCGGGCUGCAAUCGUGGCGUAGUCAGACAAGUCGAGUAUCCAGGAGAUAGGGCGUCGAGCAGCUGA